AUCAGUGCCACUGCAGGUUAGCCUCUGCCGAGUCGAAAAAAAUACGCCGUAUUUAGGACUAUCGAUAUCGUGUCUUCGUGUCAUAUACGCAUGGUCUUCGUAUUUUAGUCGUUUUAAAAUUUGCCCAUCAACUAUUAUACUCUGCGUCCAAAAGAAUUAAAUAAUACACGGAUUUUCAAAAACAUCAGUGUUUUUUUUUUGUGACCAGUGCAUUUAUCUGUCAUUGAACUGGAUUCAUACGGUUUCGGACUGAUCGAGGAUUACCUCGAGAUGCCAGUCAGGAAGCAAGAAGCCCAUAGGGCUUUGGAGCUUCUAGAAGACUAUCACUCGAAGUUGAUCAGGCCGCAGGAUCAAACUUUAAGGCAAGCAAUAGAGCGAGUCAUCAAGAUCUUCAAGUCGCGCCUCUUCCAAGCAUUAUUAGAUAUCCAAGAAUUCUAUGAACUCACCCUCUUAGAUGAAAAUAAGUCGGUGCAAGAGAAAACUGCUGAAACAAUAAGAAUAGCAAACAAGUGGGAAUCUAACGAUGGACCGAUAAUACCCGUAUAUCCUCAUAAUGAUGUGACUGGAAGUACGCUCGUUACAACUUUUGAGGGUCAUCCAAUAAAUAGGAACAAUUUACUAUUCGACUACCAAUCGAAGACCCAAUUUAAUGAAGAUGAAGUACCUCCACCUCCUUCACCUCCCGCGAAAACAAAGAUGAUAAAUACUAAUUUACUGGAUAAUCACUCAAGGCAAGGCUCUUUGGAAACCGUGUCGUCCGGUACAAGAAAAAGUUUAUCUGAAAAAAAUGGCAUAAAUGAAGCAUGCACGAAAGACGCGGCAACUCACACAGUGGGCAACCUCAGCUGGUCAGCAAACGAAAAAGAUGAGGCAAAUUCACCUCUGUUGGCAUCUGGGGAUAAUCGGCAGUUCAACGGAGACGAUGAAUGGGAAUAUGAAGAAAUUAUCCUGGAGCGAGGUGGUGCCGGCCUGGGCUUCAGUAUCGCGGGCGGCACAGACAAUCCGCACGUUUCCGACGACACCGCCAUCUAUGUCACCAAGCUGAUAGCAGGAGGCGCCGCGGCCGCUGACGGACGACUCCGCGUUGGAGAUUCUAUAUUAGGCGUCAAUGAGCAGCCAUUAGUUGAAGUACCCCACGCUGUAGCUGUCGAGGCGCUCAAAAGGGCUGGUAAUACCGUUAAAUUGAAUGUUCGUCGAAGACGACAACCGAGACCCAUGAAACAGUUCGAGAUCGAUCUUGUGAAAGGCAAUAAAGGACUGGGAUUUAGUAUUGCUGGAGGCAUAGGUAACCAACACAUACCUGGCGAUAAUGGCAUUUACGUAACUAAAGUUAUGGAUGGCGGAGCAGCUCAAGUUGAUGGGAGAUUAGCCGUUGGUGACAAGUUGAUAGCUGUUAGGGACUCUGUGAAAGGUGAAGUAAACUUAGAAAAUGUCACACACGAGGACGCAGUUGCCACAUUAAAAACUACUCAAGACUGUGUGGUUCUUGUAGUAGCUAAGCCAGAUGUAGGAUAUCACGCUCCUGCCUCUAAUGCAUCUUAUUCACCACAACUUUCCAUCAAAGCUUCAAGGUACGCCGAGUCCUUGCAUUCAGCUCACUCAUCCAACUUAGCUUUACAUCAACCUAUUGGGACCCCCAGAGCUGUUAGCACAGAAGAUAUUACUAGAGAAGUACGAACAGUGACCCUCACAAAAGGAAACACCGGUCUUGGCUUUAACAUUGUCGGCGGUGAGGAUGGCGAGGGGAUUUUCAUUUCGUUCAUCCUGGCCGGGGGCCCGGCUGAUGCCUGCGGUGAACUUAAAAGAGGAGAUCAGAUUCUCAGCGUUAACGGAGUCAACCUUCGCAAUGCUACCCAUGAAGAUGCCGCACAAGCACUUAAGGGUACUAACCAGACAGUAACGAUAGUAGUGCAGUACCGGCCUGAGGAAUACAAUCGGUUUGAAGCUAAGAUUAACGAUUUAAAGCAGCAAAUGGCUAAUCCUGUGACUACUGGUACCCUUCUACGGACUUCUCAGAAAAGAUCUUUAUAUGUUCGGGCGUUAUUCGAUUACGAUCCGAUGAAAGACGACGGUCUGCCAUCUCGGGGACUUGCUUUUCAAUAUGGCGAUAUUCUUCAUGUGACCAAUGCGAGUGACGAUGAAUGGUGGCAAGCCAGAAGGGUUCUGGCAUCUGGGGAUGAACAGGGAAUGGGAAUAGUACCGAGUAAACGGAGGUGGGAAAGAAAACAAAGGGCUAGAGAUAGAUCUGUUAAGUUUCAAGGGCAAGGGCAUCAUGAAAAACAAUCAACAUUAGAUAGGAAAAAGAAGAGUUACUCAUUUAGCAGGAAGUUUCCGUUCAUGAAAAGUAAAGAUGACCGAUCUGAAGAUGGAUCUGAUCAAGAACUUGCACAACUUGAACGCCAAUCCAAUGGUAAUGACAAAACCUCUUCUAAUGCACAACUUGAGCGCCAAUCCAAUGGUAAUGAGAAAACCUCAUCCACGUUCAUGUUAUGCUACACCCAAGAAGACUCGAAUAACGAAGGUGAAAUAUUAUAUCGGGUUGAGCUCCCUUUCAUGGAAGAAAUUACGCUAAUUUAUCUGGAGGACGCUAAUAAUCUUGAUGAUUUUAGUAAUGAAGAAAAUGUGUUGUCGUACGAGGCCGUACAGCAAAUGCAGAUUCAAUAUACUAGGCCUGUUAUAAUUUUGGGACCUUUGAAAGACCGUAUAAAUGAUGAUUUAAUAUCGGAGUUUCCUGAUAAGUUUGGAAGUUGUGUACCACACACUACAAGACCAAAACGUGAAUUUGAGGUAGACGGCAGAGAUUAUCAUUUUGUCGCAUCGAGGGAACAAAUGGAGAGAGAUAUCCAGAAUCAUCUGUUCAUUGAAGCCGGUCAAUACAAUGACAACUUAUAUGGUACUUCUGUAUCAUCUGUUAAAGAAGUAGCUGAGAAGGGAAAGCAUUGCAUUUUGGACGUUAGUGGAAAUGCUAUCAAAAGAUUACAAGUGGCUCAGCUCUAUCCAAUUGCCAUUUUUAUUAAACCCAAGUCUGUCGAAUCUAUUAUGGAAAUGAACAAACGUAUGACCGAGGAACAGGCAAAAAAGACCUACGAGAGGGCUCUAAAAACGGAGCAAGAAUUUGGAGAAUAUUUUACAGCUGUAGUACAAGGAGAUACACCUGAAGACGUGUACUCUCAAGUGAAGCAGAUUAUCAGUGAACAAUCGGGUCCAACUAUUUGGAUCCCAGCGAAGGAAAAACUGUGACCCCCAGCCGAAGCCUGGAUUUUUCCCAGUCGAAUGCCGCUGCUACUUACCACCUAAAGUACGAUUAUGUUCUGCUAUGUAAAAAUGCGCCAUCUCACAGGAUAUUUAAGAAAAUGUUUUCUUUAUGUAUAAUAUAUUUAAUAAUUGAUGUAAUCUGGUUAAUAGUUAGUCCAUAAAUUUAUUACACCCUUCAGACAUUGUUUAAAAGAAUUUCAACAAAAUCUCGUAGAUUGUUUUGAUGUAAGCAGUUAACUUAUUGGAGUGAAUCGCAAUGGUAUUCUAUAGUCGUAAAAAAUAGGAUAUGCGCAUAUUUUAUUCUUAUUAUUACUGUUUGUAUUUAAAAGGUUAGUUGUUCUUAGUAUCUAAGUAUUUAUUGUGUUUGACAUAUUUUAUUUGUAUAGAGAUUUAGGUAUAUUAAGAAUACACUCACAGAUUAAAAGCAGAAGACUAGUUAUGUGGAUUCGAGUUUACAAAAAAAAAUCGUUUUGCUACAAAGUUAAUACCUUAACUAGUUUUUUUAGACAAAAGCUUCGUUACUUUUAUCGAAGACUACAUAUCCAGUUUCCUGCAAAUCUUGUGGUUAGCUGUAAACAUCACAAAUGAAACAUAAUCCGUUGUAAUGUCCUAAGUACAUAGGGCGCCUUAAAUCUUGAAUAUUAUAUGCAUUAACAAAUUUGAUUUAUGCUCUUAAAUAUGAUUAAAUAUCCUUAUAAAAUCAUCAUUUAAAAUCCAAAGUAUUAUUUUUUACAUAUCCUGUAACAGUUUUUACAUGUACCAAGAAAUAUAAGAGAUCUUCAUUCAUCUGUACAAUCUAAAAGAUUUAGACCUACUUUAAUAUUGCGAUUUGGACAAAAAUUAUUGGGUAAAGAUUUCGAGAGCUAUAGUAUUAAAUGGGCUUUUGGUAAAAGGACGAUAAGAUGAAAUAAAUUUUGCAACAUGCAAAUUAGUAACAGUAUAAACUUUUAAAAUAAUAAAAUUAAUUAUUUACUUUU